AUGAGUUAUUCAAUUCAUCACAAUCCGUUGGAAAUUCAUUCCUCCAACACUCAUCAUCCUAUUAAUUCCUCUACAUCUUCAACUAUUCGAAACUCGGAGAUUGAUAGUAUUCAUGAAAAUAGAAAAACAAUUAGUAUUGGUGUUAAUCAUCAUUAUCCGAUUGAAAUAUUGAUGAGUAAUAAUUCGAAUAAUGUUUCGAAUAACAUGAUGAUGGUGAAUAACAAAUUUACAAAUUUUCAGGCAUUCAUGAUGAAUGGUCAGGCGAGGGCCGAUUUGAUGCAUUAUUUACGAUUGAGGGAGAAUGAUGAGAAUAUAGUAUUCGUGAAUGAAAUGUUUCAGAUGAGAGAAAGUAUUAGAAAGGUUAUUCGAAUGUUUUUAUAUGAAUUAAAAUUGACAAAUCAUGAAAAUUUGAGGAAGAGUACUACUACCACUAUUGGAACAGCCAAUAGUACUGAGAAUGAAGAAACAGCUCUCAGUUCACUUGUUUCUCAACUCAUUACAAUAAUAGAUACCAUACAUAGACAUUACUUAUUAGGAAAUGUUGUAAGUGGUGGAAUAAUGCUCAAUACAACAAGUGCCAUCCUAGAGAAAUCAAAGAAGGAUUACUCGACCUUCACACGAAUAUUUAACAAAUCUCCACAUACAACUGCUACAAUGGAAGAUCAUGAAAUUCUGGAUACAAUUAAUAGAUUUUGUAAUUAUCUCCUUUUUGAGAAGGAUCACAAGAUGCAUGAUAAGGAUUUGGAAAAACUGAAAAAGAUUUUAAUAUCAGACGAAUGUACUUUGGAAACGUUGAGCUCACAAAUUAAUUUCAGUGAGGAUUUGGAUGAGUUAUUGAAACAUGAAUUAUUUGCUCAAUUGAAAUGGUAUCCAUUCAGGGAUUUGAUGAAUAAUAUUAUGAAUCAGAUUCGUUUGGAAUGUUUUGAUUCGUAUAAGAAUACGGAUGAUUUUGAAAAUUUUGUAAAGAAGAAAAUUCAAGAAUUGACUUCAGAGCAAAUGUACAAAUUGUUUUGUCAGAAUGUGGACAUUCUGGAAGGAACUGCUAAUGAAAAUUUUGUUGGAGAUUAUGUCAUGUCAAAGAAGAAGAAGAGAAGAUCACUUGUGGAUGUAAUUUUGAGGAGGAGACCAACUGAGGAAAGUGAAGAACAACAUUCGCACCAUCAUCACAGUGAUGCAGAGGCCUCUCAGUUUCUAGGUCUAGAUCCGCUGAAUACUGAUCUAAGAGAAUGGUUCUAUCCAUUACCAAUACCCAAAUGGACUAGUCGACACGUUAUAGUUUUUAUAUCUCAUUUCUGUAACUAUGAAGAUCAGGAUUUGGAAAUUUAUUGUAAACGAAUUGAAAAGAAGAAUAUUGUAGGAUUGGAUUUGAUGUGUCUCCUAUCGGUGAAUAGUAGUACGUCUACUUCGAUGGGAUCAAUCCUUUCAAAAGAUCCCUCUCAACAUUUAUUUAAGGAAAUGAAAAUGAAGAAUCACGAUCAUCAACAACGAUUCUUUAAUAAUUUGAUCGAUUUCAAUAGGAAACGAACCUUGAUGAAGAGGAGAUCGAGUAUUAAUCUCCUUGCAUCAAAUCCAAUCAAUGAAAAGAUUCUUCCAUCGACACUCCAGCACCAACAUGUUAGUGUGAAGGAUUUGUACAUGCCACUUGUGAAUGAAGAUCAUCUCAUUAUUAAGGUAAUUUCCACUGGCACUGAUGAGUCUAGAAUUUUCUCAAUUGACAGAAAUAUUCCAUUGGAGAGUCUCUAUUCUAGGAUUGAGGAUGAAUUUAAAAAUUCGAAAUUAAUUGAAUUAAUGGAAGGUUCUCUCUUUGAAUUGAAAUCAUUGUACACUGAGGAUGGACAUGCAAUACGAGAUCAAUUUCACUUGGUGGAAUAUUUGAGUUCCAAAAGAUUGUCAUCCACAUUAAGCACACCAAGAAAACAAUUUCCACAAGAGGAAGUAUUGCCGACAGACCCAAAUCAUUUACUAGUUGGAAGCUAUAAUAAUAGGAUUAUUGGAAGUUCCUAUUCGAAAGAGGAUGAAUCAAUUCUGGUGGAUAGAGCUUCAUUUGAAAAAUCACUUGGGGAUGUAUUUGGUAUAGAAAAUUCUGUUCAUGACGAAAGUGAAUGGAUAGAAAAAGUGGAGCCAUUCACCAAUGAAACUAUUCUCAUUCCACAAGAAGUAGUUACAGAAAUGAAACCUGAAACAAAACCCACAAAUGAUGAUGGUUUUAAAAAGCUUUACAUUCAACCUUCGUGUGAUAAAAAAUUUCAAAGAAGAUCAGUCGUCUACUGA